UGAGGCUGAAAACCAUCAUCUUAUCCACUACCAUCUCAUCAAAAAAAAAAUUAAGAAAUGCAACCAUUCUUAUAUGUUGUUAACUAGUCAUUAUUGUUCAAUAAUAGCAACUCAUGGAGGCACAAUUGUGGUGCAAUAAAACGUACAAUUGUAUAGGGACAGAGACAUGGAGAAUUCAACAUCCACUUCAACUUUUACAUACAAAUAAUUGGCAGCAACCUAUUUUUCAGCCUUUUAAUUCCUCAAUUUCCCACAGUCUGACUUUUAGACACAUCCACCGCAAUGGAAUAAAGACAUUGGGUACAAGAAGGAGAAGAUCAAACAUAGAAACAGACACUUAUGUACUAAUGGAACCUGGAAAGUCAGAGGAAUUUGUUACUGAGGAAGAAUUAAGAGACAAGUUAAAGAGUUGGUUAGAAAAUUGGCCAGCCAAAACACUGCCACCAGACCUUGCUAGAUUUGAAGAUAGUGAUGAUGCUGUUGAAUAUUUAGUAAAAUCUGUUUGUGAACUUGAAAUUGAUGGAGAUGUUGGUUCCCUACAAUGGUACCAAGUUCGUUUACAACAAGACAUCAUAUGAAAGGACUCUCGAUUUAUUUUUAAAUAACAGUUAAUGUAAUUUUCUUUAUAUCGUUUUAAUUUUAUUGAAAGGAACAGGUGAUAAUGACUAAAAUCAAACAUGGAUUGGGUAGGGUGAGUUUAAUUCAGG